UCGUCUUUUCUCCACAUCAGUAGAUGGCGCUGAUGAACUCGUACUGUGACGAUAAAGACCAGCAGACGCAGCAGACACGUGCAUGUGAUCUGUCGAUCUUUGGAGCUGUCAUCUCACCGGGAUUUAGUUCGUCCAUAUCACUGAGCUGUUUUCAGGAUAAACAUGGGCAAAAAUAAACAGAAAGGCAAAAAACAGCCGAAUGUGUUUCAGGUCGCGAACAAACAAUCAAAACCCAAGACCAAAGCGAAGCCUGUGAAGAGCUCACUGAAACAUAUAAACACUGUGAGAAAUGAAAAGGUGGAGAGCUUGAAUCAGAUGUUCACACCAUUACAGCAAGAUGUCAAAAGUUUGUCAAAAUCCACAAAGAGUGAAAUUAAAAAAGCACAGAAGGUGGUGAGAGACGCUCCGAAGGAACCGGUGAAUGUGUACAGUGCUGCACAGCUUUUCUCUCAACUAUAGAAAACAGAAAAUGAUGAACUCUGAAACUUCAUACCCACACCCUCUUACAAAAAAACACACACAUCAUAUCUAUUCAUAUUCAUCAGUAUAAUUUAUAAUAACAUCCUACAAUGCUUUUCCUAGAACAGGCAUCUUUUCUUUUGCCCUUGAAGGACUGGUUUUGUAAAUGUACUCUACAAUAGUGUAUGCUAAUCGCACAGCCAAGCUUAAUGUCCAAAAAGACAUUAGCCAGUUUUCCCAGAGCACUAGGAUUCUGCAUUUGAAUGUUGUGUUUGCUGAGGCAUGCAGAAGAGAGUCAUUAAAGGCUGAUUUUUUUUUUUAAAUGAGUGUUUCUUGUGUUGUCUUGAGUCAGCUGGAGCUGCUUUUCUGUUUCUCUUCAGAUCAAUGCUUGAACUUGUGACCCAUUAAAGAGUGAUGACCCACUCUA